AUGCAUGACGGGCGCCAGGAAACCAUUGUCGUCCGUUUCAGCCCCGUCGGCUGCGGCAACUUCAGCAGCGGAGGCAGCAGCCCAGCGACACCCUCCGGCCACUCCGUAGACAGCGACGACGGCUCCACCAGCACCGACGAGAACUGCCCCGAAGAUCCGCGCGAGUUCCGGCGCCACCUCUCUCGUUUCGCCCCAUCUGUGAUCGCCGACGUCGAUCCCAGCAGCUUCCGGCCGAUCUCUCCGUCCUUCUCCUGCAUCCUCACCGAUGUCGACAAACACCUGCAGCGCAUGGUCCUCCUAAUCCCAGCCUUCUCCGUUGCUACCGCCUCCUCGGUGGCGCGCACGGACGCGCUGCGCCAAUGGCUCGCCGGCUUUGACGUCGGCUGGGUGAUGGACAUGGACGACCGCAGGAGCCUCCCACGGAGGGAGGUGGGGAGGAGGGUCAGGGAGUGGGCGCAGGCGCUGGGCACCAUGGAGCGCGUCUUCCGCCACGGGCACCGGGAGGUUCGCAGCCCGGUCAACGACGCCACCGCCGCGGAGCUGGCGGCUCUGGGGCAGCUCGCGGCGGAGAGCGCCGGCGCGAUGCUGAGUCUGGCCGACUCCGUGGUCGCGCUCGGGAGCUCCCCGUCGAAGCUGCUCGCGGCGCUCGACGUGCACGCCUCUGUCUCGGAGACCUACCCCGGCCUCGCGAGGACGUUCUCAUGGCCCCCCACUCACCCCGUCUCCGCUGCGUCCGACGCGGCGCUCACCGGCCUGCUGAACGCGUCCCGGCGCUGCAUGCGCGACCUCAGGGCGUUCAUACGCGCACCCCAGUACCCAUGGCGGAUGCCGCAGGGCGGCGAGGUGCACCCCUGCGUCAGCUUCUGGAUGGGCUACUUCCGCUGCAUGCUCCGCAACCGCGUGUCCCUCUACUUCGUCCUCGCCGGUGGUCGUGACGGCGACGGCGACAAGGAGCAAACAACGCCCCUCGCGACCGACGAGGGCGGCCUAGUGAUGGAGCUGAUCUCGUGCCUGGAGGCCGUGCUAGAGGAGAAGUCCGGCGCCCUGGCAUUCCCGGGGCUGAACCAGAUCUUCAUGCUCAACAACACGAGUGCUUUGGUCCAACGCGCCAUCCGCUCCGACCUCAGCAUCUUCCUGCCGCCCGGCUGGGUGCUCGCCCGAGAGGAGCUCAUGGAAGGCUACCUAAAGGAUUACCUUGAAAUUUCCUGGGCGCCGGUCGUGUCGCGCCUUGAAGGGAAGCCAGGGGCCUUGAGCGUUCUCCGGCGACGGAACCCGCUGAGCGCAUUUUACACGGCGUUGGAGAAUGUGUGCAGCACGCAGAGAGGCUGGAAGGUGCCCAGCCCGGCGCUCCGGUCUAUCCUCCGGAGAACCGUGUCGGAGAAUGUUGUGCCGGCAUACCGCUGGUAUCUUGACGACCACCCGGAGGUUGAGGUACCCACAGGGCGCAGCGCAGAGGAGCUCGAGCAUCAGUUGUCGGAGCUGUUCGAAGGAUAGAAGACAGAAAUCUUCCGUUAAUCCAGCCCCCCUCGCGCGUAGCUCCCGUCCUCAGGGCGACAA